AUGGAGGCCCAUAGUCGUACUUUGGCCUUUGUCAUGAAUGAAAACCUGUCUUUAAAGCAAGAGAUAGAAUCCACCGGUGAGCAGCUCAGCACGGACAUGCGACAACAGUUUGCAAUUGUUCGCGAGCAGUUGAGUGCGGUCCAGAUGAAGGCGGAAACGGCCAUGAUGGGCCCGCAACAAUGGCAAGCCCAGGUUGAGGCACACAUUGUAACAAUUCAAAACAACCUUGAGGCUGGACUCCGGAAGGCCAGUUCUGAGAAUGAGACCCUGCGAUCUCGUGUUGGUGUGCUUGAACAGGCAAAUCAAGAGCGGGAGCGGGAGUGGCAAACUUUUCGGCAGGAGCAUCGCGCUUCAGCUGAUCAGAAGGGCCGCGACUCAACUGAGGUCCGCACUCAGGUCGAUGCACUGUGUGCUACUAUGACAGAUCAUGGGCAGCGCCUCGAUGUGAUUUCCCGGGAUGUUGCAGAUCUGCAUGCUUCAGUGGCAGAAGUAGAAUCAUCAGUGUCUCAUUUGGAGGGUCACAGCGCGACCAUCCGAGAGGAGAUCAGGGGUUUACAUCAGAUUUGCGAGCAUUUUGCCGUCUACACUGAUGAGGAACCUGUUGUUGGUGAUCCGGGGAUGGAAGAUUAUGAAGCAGGGUGGUGGGGUCAGCAUAAUGAUGUAGAUGCGAUGCCACAGGGUCCGCCGCCUGGCUUCAGGGAUCAGCCGGCUUCGACGCCUGCACCCACCGGGGACCACACAGAUCCCGCGCAGAAUGUGCCACAGGCGGCGCAAACUGCAUUCAUGCCAGAAUUCAGACCUCCAGGACCAAGUGAUCACGGAGGUAACACGAGCAUCCAUCACGGUGGCGCUGCAGAAAUGCAGUCGUUACAAGCUUUCGUUCGGAAUCUGAGACCUGUUGGCACUGCAAAGGUUGCCUCAUUUGAGGAGCUUGGAGCGUUGGGAACACUUGCCCAGACUCUGGAGAAGCGUCAUGACCGAUUGCGUGCCAUGCUUAGUCUGCUGCGAACUAGGCCGGAAAUCAUCCGGCCAACCCCCGAUGGAGUAGACAUGAUGAUCAGCCUUUUGGACCAGCAGUUUCAGCUACUCCAUGCCGAUGAGCAGGUAAAAACGAGUCGCGGUCGCGGCCAGGAGGAUGAUCUCGAUCCAACGGCAAAGAAGGGCAAAGGCAAGGGUGAAGAGUCGCCCGAGCCGUCCGAGCCAGCACCGAGUGAGGAGGAGUCUGAAGGUGUAGAAUCAAUUCCGGAGGCCGGUGGCCCGCUCUGGGUUCUUGACUUGUCCCUACGGGAUUACAUCCAUUGGACGCGCCCAUCGCAGAUUCAGGUGUGUGCAGACCGAGAUUUUCGUGAGGAGGAGAAUCCUAACUCCAUUGUGUGGGCAGUCUGGGAUGCGAUCAUUCAUGAUGAGCUAGAUGUAGAUGAAACGGGCACCAUACCCAUCGCGGAGGGAGUGUGCAUGAUCAAGUGUGAUACCACAGUUGUCCUUUGCGAAGAUGGGGUUGGAAGGCCCUGCUUUGUGGUUUGGAUUCAGGAGGAGAGUUCAGGUCGGGAAAGGCAGCUUGCUUUGGCCCAGAUACAGCACCGACCAAGGGCGGCUCCAGCAAGAGCUCCCGAUGCCGCGUCCGCUUACGUGAGGGGCGCUCCACCGGCAGAGGCAAGCAGCACUGGUAGGUGUGAGGAGGAGCGAUGUGUUCUUGCGGACACCGGUGCAAAUGAGCUUAUCAGGCCCGUCGGUCCCCAACCACCCGCAAGGUCUAGCCAGGUUCGCCUCACGCUAGCCGAUGGCAACACGACAUGUGCAUGGCGUACGAGGGACGGUGAGCUUGCAAUGCCUGGUGAUGAGACCUCCUGGAUUGUCCCUGUAGGUAGGCUGGUGCAGCUAGGCUAUAGGUUUGUCUGGGAUCUGGAUUUGGGUGCUAUGUUAGUGCGGGAGACUGAAGCUGGAUGUGAAACCAUCCACAUGUUCGUCGACAAUGGCUUGCCAUACAUUUACUGGUCGGAUUUUGCCCACCUUCGCAAACAGCUGUCAGCCGCUUUCCGAAACCAGAAGAGGAGCUGCUGUGCCGUCGCGAGUAACGAGAGCGAGCCUACGAACAUGUUUGUAGCACCGGAUGAUUUGCAUGAGUGUGAGGCUGAGGCUAAGGAGUGUGUGUCCCCAGAUUCCAAGGCAUGCAUUGGAGAGCAAGUCGCAGCAGCCUUCUUGAAGCUUGAGAGCAUCACAUAUGACCAUGUUUUGGAGGCUGUCAUGAAGGCGGGUUUGAAACCUCAGAGCAAGUCGAGAUCCUGUGCUGUAGGUCUUGAGGGUUCAGAGGGCAUAAAGACAUGGGUGUUUGGUGCUUACGGUCAUGGCCCGCACUGCGGCGUGACAACGCGAACCAAUCAAUUCCCGAACCUUGUUGCCUUGAUCAAUCGCUUCAUGCAACAAGAGAUGCCCGCUACAUCCUGGUCGUCUUUUACCAUAUCCCAAGACGUUACCUUUACCCCGCAUAAGGACACCCAUAAUGAACCUGAUUCCCUAAACGUGCUUGUCGUGCUGAACCACAUGGGCCAGUGCAAGGGCGGCAAUUUGUGGAUUGAGCAGGAGGAUGGCGAUCAAAUGCGCCAGAUCAAGCCGGAUCUGAAUCUUCGGGGUGUUGUCAUGCCGGUGCUAAGGCGUCCAGUGCAGUUCAGUCCAACAAAGUGGCAUGGAACCACGCCUUGGAAGGGCACACGCGUAGCAUUGUCAUUUUUCACGACUAGGAACGUGCUUACCUUGCCGGCAGAUGAACAGAGGCGAUUGAAGGAGUUGCAUUUUCCAACCUGCAAGGCAGUUGCUGCUGCGGCCGAACACAUCGCAUUCCCCCUAAGCCUGAACCCCGCCGAUGACCAGUUUCCUGAGGACCUUGAAGCCAAGACGACAGACGCGACGGUAGGCGAGGGUCAGUUCAGGGAGAAUGUGUCGGAUGAAUUCCAGGAUGGCGGGUUGUUUGGAGAUGUGUUUCAGGGUCUAGCUGAUCCCGAUGGUCCGCCCGCGAGCUCCGACAUGUGGCCUUUGGAUGACGAUCUAGCGGAGUAUGAGCCUUCGCUUGCAGAUCCUGAGGACAUUUUCCAUGCGAGUCAAUUCGAUGAUCAACCUGGUGAGGCAAGUUCCCGGGAGUUUGCGUUGCCUGCGGCUGCGCCGGAAGCUCCGAAAGCUGUGAACUGGCAGAAGUAUCAUCUGCUUUCCUAUGAGGAGGAGCAGUUGGCGAAUCAAGUCGAGGAGAAGCUACUGGAAGCGAGCACAGCGCCGGCUCAAGCGGAGACGGGGGACAUGAAGGGUUUCUAUAAGGGUGACAGACAGCAGCAGUGGAAAGCCUCACUUGUGAAGGAGUAUGGGAAGAUGAAAGAUGUCCUUGAGGAAGCGACCCGGGAUCAACUACAUGGCAGAUUGGGCCUGCCUACGGGGACCCGCUUACCUCGUGAAAUCCCUUCUAAGGUUGUGGCAACACUCAAACCGAGCGAGGACCCGACGUUGGCCAACGAGGAUGGGUUUGCCGAGAAAAGCCGAAUAUGCGCUUGUGGCAACUUUGAAUCAGGAGCUGACAACAAUGGUGAACCUUGGACGUCUUCAAACAUCCCACCUGAGAUUGUGCGGACUUUCGUGUCAUUGGCUGCAUCAACGGAGAAUUGGACUUUGGGGGGCUUGGAUGUCGAGGCCGCCUUUUUGAACGCCGAAAUUUCCUCCGGAGAUCCUGUGAUUAUUACUCCACCCAAAGUUAUGCGAGACCUAGGGCUCGUUGGUGCAGAAUCGGUGUGGAUAGCGCGAAAGAACAUCUACGGACUCCGUCGGGGCCCGACCGAAUGGGAGAAGGAGCGCGACACGAAGAUCAAUCACGCAACCAUCCAGGGCUCCAAGGGCGACAAUCAUUCAGCACUGACUUUCAUUCCGAUCAACCUUGCCGCUGGCCUGUGGAAGCUGGUAGAUGAGAAGGGUGUGGUCGUUGGAGCGUGCUGUUGCUAUGUCGACGAUGGUCUGGUCGUGGGCGAUGUGGAAGUGAUCCGAAGAGUCACUGCUUUCAUUCAGAGUUUGUGGUCUAUCAAGGGUCAGGGUAUUCUUGAGAAACCAGGGGUAGGACUUAGCGGAAACCUCGUUGUGAGUGAAACCUUGACCUUGAAGCUCGUUCGGUGCAUGCGAUUCCUCGGUGCAGAGAUUGCUGUGGCGAGUGAUGGAUUGCAGAUUGGACAGGCAAAGUAUGUGGCACAAGAACUUCGGGCUCGAGGGUGGCUCACGCUCAAGGGGCCAUCCGAGACUCUGCGAUUGUGCAAGGGAAUCUGGCGUUAUCUUCGAAGCACUUGGGACAAUGUGAUUCAGUACAAUUACGGAGGUCCCAAGGGUCCAGACGACGCGAUGAAUGAUCCAUCAGUGUUCCGGAUAGUGUCAGAUGCCUCUCUCGCUCCAGGGGGAGCUCGUUCGAGGAGCGGCGUGGCUUUAUUCCUAGGAAGUCAUCUGCUGUACUGGAGGUCUCAAAGACAGGGUGUAGUAGCCUGGUCGGCUACCGAAAGUGAGCUCGAGGCUAUGGCUAUUGCUUUCCAAGAUGGGCUGAAGCUGCACGCAGGCAUAGCUGAACUGUCGGGCCGUGCGCCGCGCCUUUUGGCUUUCGGUAACAAUUCAGGUGCCAUCCAGCUGGUGACUAAGGAGCGCUUUCACGAGCAGACAAUGAGAACACGGCAUUUCGCAAUCCGUUGUGCUUACAUCCGAGAUCUUGUGUGGCUACAUGACAUUGAGGUUUUGCAUCGCGGGACAAAUGAGCUUGAGGCCGAUGGACUUACCAAAGUCUUGGGCAAGGCGAAACUGGCAGUGGCGCGUGUGCAGCUGCGGAUCAUGUGA